AUGCCCUCAUCCCAGUGCUCUCACAGGUAUAACUUUCUCAUGUUCCUGCCCACAUGUGCUCCUGCCCACAUGUGCCUUCCCUUCCCUCAUGCGCCUUCCCACAUGCAUCUAUGCGACCUGCGCCUUCCUACAUGCCCUCAUCCCAGUGCUCUCACAGGUAUAACUUUCUCAUGUUCCUGCCCACAUGUGCUCCUGCCCACAUGUGCCUUCCCUUCCCUCAUGCGCCUUCCCACAUGCAUCUAUGCGACCUGCGCCUUCCUACAUGCCCUCAUCCCAGUGCUCUCACAGUGCUCUCACAGGUAUAACUUUCUCAUGUUCCUGCCCACAUGUGCUCCUGCCCACAUGUGCCUUCCCUUCCCUCAUGCGCCUUCCCACAUGCAUCUAUGCGACCUGCGCCUUCCUACAUGCCCUCAUCCCAAUGCUCUCACAGGUAUAACUGCCCUCAUGUGUUCCUGCCCUCAUGUGUUCCUGCCCACAUGUGUUCCUGCCCACAUGUGUUCCUGCCCACAUGCGCCUUCCCACAUGCCCCACCUUGGCCCCACCUCUUUCCACCGCCUCUCCCCCCUCCCCACCUCUUCAGGACUUUCUGGUCUUCCUGGUGUGGCAGCUUACCCUCUCUUAUGUCUUCCUCACUCGCCACUACUCGCUGCCGCUCUGCACCGCACACAACCACCGUGUUCCUCUCUCCCCAACCCCACCAGAUCUUCCUGGUGUGGCAGCUCACCCUCUCUUAUGUCUUCCUCGGCCGCCGCUACUCGCCGCAGCAGAUUCUGGGAUGCUUCCUCGUGA